ACGAGAUUACCUACCGUUUAAUCUCAUCUACAAAAAAAAAUCUGGCGUUAAAUCUUAGCCGUUAAAUCCUAUUUAACGAAUUUUCUUUUCAGACACUUUCUCGGCACCCAAUCAGAAUUCAGCUGAGAGAAACGCGUCUCUCAGAUUUCAAUCCUUCACUUUCCCUUUUGUUCUUUUUUUUUUUCCUCGUUAUCGGAUCAGAACAAAAAUUUGAGAAAUUCGAGAUUUUCCUGGAUUGUAGGAUUCGAUUCUUGUCGAAAUUCAAUAUGGGUAUUUCUUGUUUAUGUUAAUCGUUGUCAAAGUUUUGAUCUUUUCCCGAGAAAAUUUGAGAUUUUUCCGUUCGUCUAAUCGAGAGAAAACGCUACCAUUUUACUACGAUCAAACUCAAACCCGAAGCGAAAUUGAGGUUAAUGGUUAGGGUUUAUGAAUGAUCAGGUGGGUUUUGGUAUUUGACAUGAUUUAGGGAACAAAAAGAUCUCUCUCUAUCUUCUCCAGAUUGUUUAGAGCUUUGGGUCUACUUUCCAUAGAUUGAUUUUUAUAAGAUUUGCUAUGGAUACUGCUCGUGGAGAGGGUAAAGAAGCUAAUGGAUGUGAGAAUAAGGCUAUAGUUAGUCUAAAUAGCAGUGAAAUUGAAGAUCAAAUCUCUGAGGAAGAAGAAAGUGAGUCACAAUGUUUAUUGCCUCCAAGGAAAGGAGGUAUGUCGAGAAGCAAUGACAAGAUUAAGAGGACUGUGCAGUGGAAUGACAACAAAGGAGACAAUCUUGCUGAGGUUUUAGUUUAUGAACCAAGCGAAGUUAGCGAUACAGAGGACGAUGAUUCAGAUUCCUGCAUCUGCACAAUUAUGUAGUCCUCCAACCCACAAUCAACCACCAUUAACAUGGAGUUUAACAAUGAGCUCGUCCUUGUAUCUGACUUCUUUUCAGCAAUCAGUUUUUGUGAGGACAGACGAACGAGAACUUAAACGAUUGGACAUCACAAUCAUGCAACUGUCUGAUUUUUGUGCUCAGGACUUCUGACAAGAGGCCAGUCCGAACAAGAGAUGUAGACUCAUAAGCUAUAUCAGAUUGUCUCAUCUCAGUGACAGGAGUGAGUAUAUAGAUUAUUAUUACUGUAUUGUUCAAUAGAAGCUGAUCUUCAAAGCGAAGAUCUUUGAGUGCUGUUUGAUUUGACAGGUUCUGAUAGUAAACUAUGUAUGUGUUUCUGCAACAUACACACUUGUUAUAAGUAUAAUAUGCAGCAAUUCAAUAUUUUUUCUC